GACGAAAGUUGAGCAUUAGUCUGAUCUGGUGUCGUUUUGAAGUUCUUUUCCCCUAAUUUGGCGUCGCGUGAGGGUUUCAUUUUCUGUAAGAAUUGCGGGUACUGCUGUGGUUCUGUAAGAUUAGUUCGUGUUUAUCCCGAAACUGAGGCAGCGGAACCUUGAUUGUGCGGGGAAUGGGUUUCUGGACUUUUCUAGAAGGGCUUCUGAUGUUUGCAAAUACAUUAGCGAUACUGAACGAAGACAGGUUCCUUGCUCCAAGGGGAUGGACACUGGUUGAACUUCAAGCCAGUCGAAGAAAUUCAAUUAAAGGGCAGAUUAUUGGACUCGUACACGCUUGCCAGUUCAUGAGACUGCCACUCAUACUUUUCAACAUCAUCAUUAUCACGGUGAAGCUGUUUUCUGGCUGAGGUUGAACAGCAUGUACACUGAAUUUCAAAGAAGCCUCAUUUACUGGGGGAUUUUGUACGAUAAUACCAUGUUGGACUCUCUGAUAUAGCAUUGAAUGUAAAAGAAGGUAUUAUUCUUGUUGAUCUGUUAGCCUUUUCAAUUUCUAGACUUGUUUUAUUAAGUAUGAAAAUUUAUUGCUAGUUGUUA